AUGGCGGCCACCGCCGCGGCCGUCAUCUCCUUCUCCCUCCCCUCCGCCCCGCGCGGCCCCGAACCUCGUCGGUGCCAGCACCACGCGCCUUCCCUCCUCCAUGUGGCCUCCACCGCCGCGGUCGCCAUCUCCUUUUCCCUCCACUCCACCCCGCACGACCUCGAGCCUCACCGGAUCCGCCGCGCGCCCCCGGAGCGGCGCGGAUCCGCCGUCGCCGGCUGUCGCGCGCCGCUCCCCCGCUACCGUCGCCGCUCGCCGCUCCCCAGCUGCCGCCGCCGCGGAUCCGCCGUCGCUUACCCCGCCGCGCGCCGCUUGCACGCUCCGCCGCCACGGCCUCGCCUGGGCACGCCGCUCCACCGCGGAGCCGCCGCACCGCCGGCCCGCGGCGCCGCUCCCCCACUCUGCCACUGUGGCCCUGCCCGGGAGCACCGCUCCGGCGCGGAUCCGGCGCCGCUGCAGAGCCGGCCGUCGUGCCGCCGGAGGGAGGCAGGAGGGGCGGCGCGCGGAGGGAAACAAACAGGGCCCUACAAAUCGCAGGAGGAGAUUCCCCUCGUCAAAAACCAUCACCCUCUAAAUGCUGGGCCCACCAGGCCGGACCGAAUCUGA